AUGGAUGACAGUGGACAAACCUACACGUAUCUCAAUUAUCCGUUGGAGAACGGACAAGUCCUCGCCGAAGCCCAACUCCGCUACCAAACCUACGGACAACUCAACGAAACACGGGAUAACGUCAUGGUUGUUUGCCACGCCUUGACCGGCAACGCCUCGCUACACGCCUGGUGGGGCGACAUGCUCGGACCCGGGAAAGUCUUCGACACGGACAAGUAUCUCGUGGUCUGUUGCAACAUUCUUGGUAGUUGCUACGGCAGUACGUCACCCGUAUCGAUCCGCCCCGGAACGGACCAACCCUACGGACUCGACUUUCCCGACGUCAGUGUCAAGGACACGGUACGGUUGCAGCUCUGCAUGCUCCGCGACGAACUCAAAGUCGCUUCCGUCCACGCCGUUGUGGGCGGUUCCUUUGGCGGCAUGCAGGCCGUCGAAUUCGCCGUCCAGGCCGGAUCCACCCGGGCCGCCUUUACCGACGCGCACGGACAACCCUUUUGCAAACACGUGGUGCCCAUUGCCUGCGGCGCCCAGCAUUCGGCCUGGCAAAUCGCCAUUUCUGAAGUCCAACGCCAGGCUAUCUACCAGGACCCGGCCUGGCCGACGGAUCCUUUCCGCGCCACGCACGGAUUGCGUGUCGCCCGACAGUUGGGUAUGAUUUCCUACCGUACGCCGCAAGGGUACGGCAGCAAGUUUGGCCGGGAACGGCAACGUGGUCGGGGCGACGAUGACACGGACGGCCCCGCCUACGGUAGUCACGCGCGUUGGCAAGUUAAAUCCUAUUUGGAAUAUCAAGGAGUCAAGUUCCUCCAACGCUUCGAUCCCGUCACGUACGUCAAACUCACGGAACAGAUGGACUCGCACGACGUGACACGGCAACCUGCCGGUAGUUGUCCCGGAACGGUCAGUAAGGAACAAGUGCUGGGCCAUGUGACGAUUCCCGUGCUCGUACUAGGCAUUGACAGUGACGUGCUGUAUCCGUUGGCGGAACAACAGGAACUGGCCCGACUCUUGCCCAACGCCACGUUGGAAGUGAUUCAUUCGGACGACGGACACGACGGGUUUUUGUUGGAACAGGAGCAAGUGGCGGCCCACAUUCAACACUUUUUGACCCUCCACGAACGACCCACUACUAUCUAA